AUGCUGCACCUCCGUGCCUUCGGCAAGGUCUACGAAAUGAGCGUGGCGCAGGCUCUCGGCCAGGGCGGCGUCAUGUCCCAGGAGACCCGGGACGCCCUCGAGGCGGUCCGCGUCAGGCUGUCCGUGGCCGAAGAGGACGCCAGGGGCAUCUUCAACGGCGCCGUGGAGGGCCGCCUCCGGGACAUGAUGGAGACGGUGAACGAGGCAUGGCAGGAGGCCACGCUGCCCAAGAAGGACCUGCUCAAGGCGCGGGAGCAGCGCGGCGGGGACGCUGGCGACGACCCCUUCUCGGACGGCACCGGCGACUACGGCAUCCUGGAGACACCGCAGCUUGACGGUGGUGUGAAGGGCUACAAGCUCAUGACGGAGCUCGUUGGCGUCGUCGAUUUUUACGUGGGGAACCAGAUUGUGAUCCACACUAAGGGGCAGCCCGCCAAGUAUCCCGUCACUGUCGGGACCUACAUGGAGAGCCGGGUGAAGGAAGACAUCUUCGGCAUCUUCUCCUGGAACGCCAUCACCUGCCAGGACAGCGACGAGCGCGCCAAGUGGUCGGCGGCGCGGCCCCAC